AUGGCCGGCAACAGCGGGGAGUCACUGCAGGCCAUUAACGGCAUAGACGGUGCUAUGGCGGGUUCGGCGCAGGAGUCCUACUCGUUUCCUAACGACAGACUGAAGAAGGUCAUGGACGACCCGUCAAAGACCCCCUUGCUACUCGUUGCCUGUGGCUCGUUUUCACCCAUUACCUAUUUACAUCUACGCAUGUUCGAGAUGGCGGCAGACUUUGUCAAGUUCAGCACCAAGUUCGAGCUUAUCGGAGGCUAUCUGUCUCCCGUGUCAGACGCAUACAGAAAGGCCGGUCUUGCUUCUGCAUCACACAGGAUAAACAUGUGUCGAUUGGCUGUGGACAAAACAUCAGAGUGGUUGAUGGUCGACCCUUGGGAGGCUAUACAGAAGGAAUACACCCCAACUGCAAAGGUUUUGGACCAUGUCGAUAAGAUCAUCAACCAUGACUACGGCGGUAUAGAUAUUGGAGAUGGCACAAAGAGGCCGGUGCGGAUAGCUCUACUUGCCGGAGCUGACCUGAUCCAUACCAUGUCGACACCAGGAGUUUGGAGCGAACAAGAUUUGGAUCACAUCCUUGGGAAAUACGGGACAUUUAUUGUCGAACGCAGCGGCACUGAUAUCGAUGAAGCCAUUGCCGGCCUGCAGCCAUGGAAAGAAAACAUAUAUGUCAUUCAACAACUCAUCCAAAAUGACGUCAGCAGCACUAAGAUCAGAUUAUUCCUCAGACGAGAGAUGAGUGUUCGCUACCUAAUCCCGCGUCCUGUGAUCGACUAUAUCGAAGAUCAUCACCUCUAUGAGGAUGACGGUAACAGCACGUCAACCUCGAAUCUCCAGGAGAAAGGGAAAGGGAAAAGUACCUCGGCAAGCUAG